GACCAAUAAACUGUUAGUAAUCCCCCGGUUGUUGUCGCGGGAAACUUUUUGAGUCUAGUGAUAAACAGCAUAAUUUCUAAAUAAUGUGAACAGUAAAGGACAUCGACUUCGAUUGUUUCUUUUUUUAUUGUGUCGGAUUGUUGAAUUAUGGCCCAUAGGCUGACUAAAGAAGAGUUGGAUCAACAGUUUGAGCAGUUCAUGAAAGAGUCUGUCUCUGAUGACUCUGUUGAUUUGGGCUCCAGUACUAAGCACCCCAGUGUUCUUGACAUCUUAGGAAAACCACCCACUAGACCAGAGAAGAAGGCCCUUGUGUCUGUGCCCUGGUGGCAGCAGGAGGAUGAUGACAGUGAGGAGGGAACCGGGAUGACAUCAUCAGGAAAGUCCUUCCUCAGAUCCCUGAGGAAGACUCCCUCCAUUAAAGAGGUGGAUGAAGAGCAGUCGAGAGAGCUCCUCUUGGAGGAUGAAGGGAAAGGAGAUCCAUUCAUCUUUAGCAGAGACAGUCUAGAGCCUGAGGAUUCUGUUAUAGCAUCUGGACCGGGAGCAAACACAGGGGCUCUAGAGUUGGACGCAUUAUACGAGGAGGACAAAACCAGGUUUUUAUUCAACCUAAAGAAAGAGACCUCAUCCUCCAUAGACUAUUCCAGACUGAACCAAGAACGAGAGAUUUCCAGCCCCACCUCCCCACAAAGAGGAGAAGAGAUGGAUUCAACAAAUGAGGAAGAACAGAGGAAGAAUAGAGAUAUUGCUGCAUCUCCUGCCUAUAGUGAAGAUUUUGAAGAAGCGGACAGUGAGAAAAGUGAGGAAGAGUCACAAGAAAAGAAACCUGAAAGAUGCGGGAUGUUAGCCAAAGUAUCACUGCAUGACUCACUAAACUCCACGGAUGGAGCACUACCUCCUCCUGUUGCCAGUGUAGCUCCUGGGCAAGAAAAAUGGUCUGACCCCAAAAAACCUGAGACGCCAGCACUGGAAACUGCAGGACAAUCAUACGGGCAGAGUGCAGGGAGUGAAAUGGAGGCACUGCAGGAGGCGUACAGGCAGAUCAGUGGCACAGUUUGGGAGUGCGAGGAGAGGCAAGUUGGGGGCAGGAGGACUCCCCUCUCUCCAUCUUCCCUCCAACCUGCCUCUACCGCAGAGUCAGAUUUACCCACUGCUGAGGAGCUGAUGCGCCCAAUAGGACCAGACUCUGGAUUCACCCAUGGCUUCUCGCUCCAGCCCAUAAUUGAGGCAGGACCUAGAGGCAGUGAGACUCAUGGUCCAUUAAGGAUAUCUUCAGAUGAAAGCCAUUUCAGUUCCGCUAAUGAUGACUGUGGAGGAGGUAAAACAGCUAGUCUAACAGAAGAGGAACAUGCAGCCUCAAUUCAAUACACUCAUAAGAGCAUAGCUGAGGAGAUCAAACGGCUGAUGGAGGAUCAAGAAAGCUUCACUUUAGAGCCUCCUCCUACCAGACCAAAGAAACACCAGGUUCCUAACAGAUCCAGUGUGUCUGCACACCUUUCAGAUCCCUCUAGAAAAGCUCCUGCUUUAUCACUGAGGACCAAAAGAACUGAAAGCAGGCUGUUACCCAGAGCACCUGCAACCAGCACAACCAGUCAAGCUGCUAAACCUCCUUCACCUCUAAUGCAGAGAAAAGCUCAGAACCAGGCCUCUAAAAAGUCUCAAAUCCUCAGCCAGACACAAAAAGCCAAAGGUUUAGACACAAGUUUAAGGCUAAGCAGUGAACUGGUGGCCUCUGUUCAGUCCUUUGCUACAUUCCUCCAGCAUCAGGUUCAAACCACCAGUCUACAGGAUAACAGCCCUCACCAAGCAGACAGGAUCAUACCCCAUGUCGAGAUAGGACCUCAGACCAUAGGGGGGGAAACGGAACGUAGCCCUACAUCUCAACAGGAGCGGACCUCACUGGAAUGUUUCCGUUUGCAGUUUGCACAGAAAGAGAGAGAGCUCCACCUGAGAGAAGAGCAUUUACGACAGGAGCAUAGCAGAGAAUUGGCUACACUCAGACAGGAGAAAUUUGUGCUUGAGAGCAAGCUACACAGUGCAGAGGAGGCCAGUACAAGACGAAGGUGGAGUUUUGGCGAGGCCUCAGACCCUGUGACUGAAGAGAAACUGAAGCUCAUCGAGAAAGAGAUGAAGGAGCAGGAGACUCUAAUUCAAGGAUACCAUCAGGAGAAUGAGAAACUUUAUCUGCAAAUGAAAGCACUCCAGGCUCAAAGCAAACAAAAUGAGGAGACUUUGUUUAUGGAGAACCAAAGGCUUCAGACUGAGCUGGUCCUCACCAGGGACCGAUUAAAUACGAACAGGAUUCAGAGAACUGCAAAAAGCUUUGCUGAUCAAAGCUUCAGCAUUGCAGAACUGACAAGUCAGGUGGAAGUUGCACAAAGAAACGAGGAGCGACUGCAAGAUGAGAUCCGAAGACUUAAACAGGAGAAACAAGCCCUGCAUGUAGACCUGGAGAUGAUGAGGAAAGAGCGAGACCUUGCCAAAGCUCAUGUUAUCAACACAUCAGGUGAUAAAGGCUUCGAGCUGAAGAUGCUCCAGGAGAAACAUCGGGAGGAGGUGACAGAGCUAAAGAAGAGGGUGCAGUGGUAUGCAGAGAACCAGGAGCUGCUGGACAAAGACGCAGCCAGACUGCAAGCUGCCACAGCUGAGACUCAUAGGCUUACUGAACAGGUGGAAAAGCUAAAGACAGAGAUUAACAGGAGAGCCAAUGAACAGCAGAGAAAGGUGAAGGAGAGAGCGGGUGAAGCUAAAAGAAUACAGGACCUGGAGAGACAGCUCAAACAGAUGGAGGAGCUCCUGAAGCACAGGCACCCAAACUCACUGCCAUCCCUGAUCCUUGCUGCAGCCUCUUCCAGAGGAGAAGAGGGUGGGUCGGACGUUCAUCCCUCCAUUGCCCCACAGUCCUCCCAGGCAGCAGCCCUGCUGGAGAGACGUGUCCAUCGACUGGAGGCAGAGCUGGAGGGCCGUGAUGAAGCAGCCAAACGGAGUCUCCGAACCAUGGAGCAACAGUACCACAGGAUCAAACUCCAGUAUGAACAGCAGAUCUCAGAUCUGGAGCAACGUUUGGCAGAGAAAAGUCAGAACGAAUGCACCAUUUUGCUAGAAAAAUCGGAACCACAUACCGAGGGGUUAAAGAUAGAGCUAGAACAAUUGAAGAAGGACCAUCUGAAGCAAGUGAGCGGUAUCCAAGCAGAGGUGGCUUCUCUGCGGGAGCAGCUCCUCCAGGCCCAGGCUUUAACACAAUCCGAAAAGCCCACCCGAAGCCCCUCACGUCACCAAUUGCAAGUGGAGGCGGCACAAGCAACCCGCAUCGAGAGGAUGACCCAGGAGCUGAGCACCAAGAGUCGCACUAUCCAAGAGCUUAGUCGCACACUGGAUCGUCUGCAGAGGGAGAGGAGGACAAUGCUUUCGACCCCAGGCUUCGACCGAACUACUAUUGAAACCAAACGGAACUUUGCUGCAGCCAAAGAGGCCAAAAGCACGAUUGUUGAGACUUUCCCUACUACCCAGGACGAGAAAGACUACCAUCCCGGAGCAUUUGCAGGGUUACAUAUCUCAGAGGUGCAGCUGGAGAACGACAGUUUGCGGGCGCGACUGGAACAGUUUGAGAAACAGAGAGAGCAAGAGGGAGUUUCCCUGCAGGCUGCAGUCACACAGGCACAGAGUCAACUCCAGAGGGUUCAGGAGCAGAAGGCAGAGCAACUCGCCUUGAUCAAGGCUGAACAUCAUAAAGAGAUUGAACGCCUCCUGGCCAGACAUGCCCUUGAGCAUUCAUCCUCCAAAGUGGCUGAACUUACAAAUCAAGUGAACACACAAGAGAUCACCGUGCAGCAUUUACAAGGGCAAGUGAAGGAGCUUCAGAGAACCAAAGAUGCUCUUGCUAUUUCUAAGAUCAGAGAGGAAACCCUGCAGAAUCAGCUUUCUAAGCUUCUACAAGAGUUGAAACUGGCAAAAGAAGCCCACAGUCCUGAACUAAGACACUUUACUAGUCUGGAGCAAAAGAUUAAAUCCAUGGAGCUCCGCUACAAUCAACGUGAGAAACAACUCCAGCAGGUAAUUGCAGACACACGACAGGUGGUGGAGCUGAAGCAGCAGGGUGAAGUGGAGCGCUGGCGGAGACUCGCCCAAAGUAGGGCGAAAGAGCUGGAGGCCUUCAGACUGGAGCUGGACUCCAUACUGGAUGUACUCAGAGAGCUCCAGAGACAGGGUGUGGUUAUCCCUGCCCCCGAACACACUUCCACCCACACAUACCUGCCCCUCCGAUAAUAAGCUGUCUUUGCUCUGCACUAGACAGAACGGGGAUGUAAACUUUACUACAAAUUUGUAUAUCUCUGAUGCUCCGGACUACCAGACUUUCUUUGGCUGCAGUGAUCAUUCUAUGGUUAUAUUAAAAUGUAUGUAUCUUUUGUAGAGAUUAAGCUAAUUUAAUUACUGUCAAGGAACAUUCAGGAUAUUUAUUGUAUCACAUAACCACAUUCCAUUAGUGUAAGUUAUUAAAGUUUUGUAUUUAAAUUAAUUCAUUUGUACAAUUAUUUGUCAUAUUUUGCUGCUCUGUUGGUUUUAUAACAUCCACUUGAUAAGUAUCCAAAAAGUUAAUCUGUGAAACAAACUGUGACAGCAGUGAAAUUACUGUUUUUGAUGCACCACCUACAUAAGAGUUAGAAACAAAGGCUGAUUUCAUAAGGUUGCCUAAAAGUACAUUUACACAACUUGUUGAAAAAGAAUGCAGAUGGCAGGAUUUAUUACAUGCUAAGCUUACUGCACACACUCUGCAUGCUAAUAAACAAACUAUAAGUGACUGGAGAUGAAGCUGUGCAUUGUGUGAUGACUGUUAAGAGAUGAUCAGCAUAUGCAGUAUUGUUUAUAAAACAACAGGUACUCAA